AGCAUUAUGGGAGGUAGAGGUAGUCCAACAUGACCCAUGCCGAGGGGGAGCAGCCCAGUGGGACUCACUUUUCCGCUUCAAGCACUUAGCAACAGGCCAUUACCUAGCUGCGGACGUAGACCGAGACCACUUGACAGAAGACAACAAAGGCGACGGAGAUUCCGAACCGCCGAGGUAUCACUUGGUACCCGUAGGUCUGCCUCACGAAAUAGCGACUUUAUUUGACCUAGAUCCAACCAGUUUGACCAGAGGCGAUUCUUUGGUACCCCAAUCGAGCUAUGUCCGUUUACAUCAUCUUUACACGAAUAGUUGGGUCCACUCUACAUCAGAAUCCAUAGAUAAGGAUGAGGAUAAGCCUGUUAUGUCAAAAGUUGGAUGUGCUGUCACGAAGGAAGAUAAAGAAGCUUUUGCGCUGAUAGCAGUUUCGCCCGUUGAAGUAAGAGAUCUGGAUUUCGCAAAUGAUGCCUGCAAGUUGUUGUCUUCGUUGUCUGUCAAACUGGAGCAAGGAACCAUUUCGCCAAAUGAGAGGAGAUCACUUACAACACUAUUGCAAGACAUUGUCUACUUUGUCGCGGAGCUAGAAAAUGAACAAAAUAAAACGGAAGCUUUAGAUCUGAUUGUUACUAAUCCUAAUCGUGACAGACAAAAACUUUUAAGAGAACAAGCCAUACUCAAACAGUUGUUUAAAAUUUUACAGGGACCAUUCAUGGACCACGAUGGAGAAGGCUCAUUCUUGAAAAUAGAAGAAUUAAACGAUCCUAGACAUGCUCCUUACAAAUACAUAUUUAGGCUUUGCUACAGAAUUUUGAGGUUAAGCCAGCACGACUAUCGAAAAAACCAAGAAUACAUCGCUAAACACUUUGGAUUCAUGCAAAAACAAAUAGGCUAUGACAUAUUAGCAGAAGAUACUAUCACAGCUCUCUUACAUAACAACAGGAAACUGUUAGAGAAACAUAUUACUCCUACAGAAAUAGAAACGUUCGUAGGUCUAGUCAGAAAGAAUAUGAAAAGUUGCGAAUCUCGUUUUUUAGAUUACCUUUCAGAUCUAUGUAUCUCGAAUAAAAAGGCAAUACCUGUAACACAAGAGUUGAUUUGCAAAAGCGUGCUGAGUCAGAAAAAUUCAGAUAUACUCAUUGAAACUCGAAUGCGGAAAACUCAGAUUGAGCUGCAAGAAGUUACUGACAAUCACGCCACAGACAACGAGGAUGAGUUGGAAGCUAUGAUAACAGUAGUGGAAGAGUGUCAAGUAGUGCUGCUCUAUAACAACAGACAAAAAUCCGUACUUUUGGUAGACCUUUGCAAAAACGCCAAACUAGGCAUCAAGGAAGACCAAUCUAUCUUGGAUUAUUAUAGACAUCAACUCGAUCUAUUUUCUAACAUGUGCUUGAACAGGCAGUAUCUUGCCUUAAACAAUUUGUCUCCGCAUUUAGACGUCGAACUGAUUUUGAAAUGUAUGUCAGAUGAAAACGUUAGUUUUGAUCUGAGGGCAUCGUUCUGUAGACUGAUGUUACAUCUGCAUGUUGACAGGGAUCCACAGGAACCUGUCACUCCUGUUAAAUAUGCCAGGCUGUGGUCGGAAAUACCGUCGCAGAUGACAAUAAAUGAUUAUGAUUGCAACAAGACUCCAAAUCCUGCAAAAGAAGCUGUACGUGCCAAAUUUGCCUCGACUAUAUCAUUUGUGGGGGGAUACUUAUGCAAUGUUGUUGCCAAAAUGUGGUCCUUUGCAGAUCAAGAACAGAACAAACUGACAUUCGAGGUUGUUAAAUUAGCUAGAGAGUUAGUGUACUUUGGUUUUUAUAACUUUUCUGACUUGUUGAAACUAACAAAAACCUUACUUAGCAUCUUGGAUUGUGCUUCUGAGACUGGGGGCGGCGUUCUACGUAGUAUAGGAGACAUGGGGGCUGUGAUGACGUCAUUAACUUUAGGUUCAGUGGGCAAAAAUGGAGUUACAGCAAAUUCUGCAGCAUCAAAAUCGAUAAAAGAAUAUCCUCUGGUUAUGGAUACCAAACUAAAAAUCAUCGAAAUUUUGCAGUUCAUACUGGACGUGCGUUUGGACUACCGCAUCAGCUGCCUGUUGAGUAUUUUCAAACAAGAAUUUGACGAGUCGGAAAAACUCAAUAAUGGCAAUCUGAAUUUGGGUCAAAAAAACAUCGAUUUAGAAAGUAUAGCUAGUCGGGCUGAGGCAAUUUUUGGCAAUAGCGCAGAGUGCGCUGUGUUAGACUUGGAUGGGCAUGGAGGUAGGACUUUUCUAAGGGUUCUCUUGCACUUGACUAUGCACGAUUACCCAUCGCUAGUGUCUGGGGCUUUACACCUGCUUUUCAGACAUUUCAGUCAAAGACAGGAAGUCUUACAGGCAAGUACAGCUUCUAGUGUCAGAUAG